AUGCGCAAAACGAGAACAUUUUAAUCUUCUAUGUUGAUUUUUUACAAAUAGUCACGACUCAAUUUUCGGACGGUUUUUCCUAGUCUUCUGUAUAUGGGUGUCAACACCUGUUUAUACAAAUGAUCAUGUGUGAAAUAUUCCAAAAAUGCUUAGUUUGACAUGGUCAUAACAUUUGAACCACUGCAUAUCGCAACUUUAAACUUGCAAUUUCAGAUUCUACGCAUCGAAAACUACAGGAUUGCACAUAAAAAGUCAACAAUUUUUGGACCCCUAAAGUAAAGUUUAUCUAAAUUCUCUUCUGGAAAUUUGAAAUUUUUAAUAUUGUAAAUUUAUAAAAUUUCUGCAAUAGUAGAGAAGAAAUUUCCUUUAUUUUCAUGGACUAAGGUGACAUUACUAUGAGAAUUUAACAUGGAGUGUAACAGUGAGGUAGAAUCCUUUAUGCAAAAUGAUAGUGCAAGAUGUCGUGAAGAAAUUAUUUCGCCAGAAGAACAGUCAUUACUGCAACUUUUGCAAAAAGGAAUGUUAGAAACAAGUGAAGAAAAUAUAGCUUUCAGGAAGGAGAUAUCAUUAUUAUUGAAUAAAUUAAACUUGGAAUCACAAUGUUUGCCUAAUGACAUCAAAGAAGGAUUACAAAAAAUAGCCUUGCUUUUAAGGUAUGAAAAGCUAAGUGAUUUUGAUGCUAUUACUCUGAAUAUAGUGAGUGAAAGGAAGAAAAUAGAAGAAAAGAAAAGACAGUAUGAAGAAAAACAGUUGGCGUUAUUAUAUGAUGAUCAUUCUAGAAAAUAUACUAUUUUUUCAAGGAAACUUAAUUGUUUGCAAGAGGCUGUAAAUUCACUUGAAAGCAUUAUUGAGGAUUCUCAGAAAGAGCAAGCGGAUAUUCGUUGUAACCAUGUUUCAUUAUUUACAAAGUUAAAAGAAUAUCAGCAAACUGCAGAAAAGUUAGAAACUGACUUAGCAGAUAUGCAAGUAGAAGAUCUUUAUCCCAAAAAAAUAUUAAAUAAAUAUCAUAGAUAUUUAGAAAUGUCAGGUGAAUUAGCAGAACUUAAUCAAUACCUUAGUCAAUAUAGAGAUUUACCACCAAAUUUACUGCAAGCUAAAGCUCUAGUUGAAGUUAAAAAAAAGGAAUAUGAAAGCUUAAAGAACGCACUUUUAGAGAAAACAAAAUGAAUGAUAGGUAUAACAGUAUUGUUAAUCAAUAUCUUACUUUAUAACUUUUUCACUUUUAUACAAUAAUAAAAAAAAAAUGUAUGUACAAACAUA